UGGAAGAGGGGUUUUAGGCUCUGUUAGGGUUUUGAUUUCAUUUCGAAUUCACAAAAUUAAAUCUUCUCCCACCAACACACUCGAGUAAUUUUUCGAUGGAUCCUUCGGCAUUGAAUUCCCCUGAGUUGCAGAACCUUCUAGCUCAAGAAAAAGAAAGGGCCAUGAUUAGUGAGAUGAUCUCGAAGCUUACAUCUUCUUGCUGGGACAAAUGCAUCACAGGCACUCCCGGAAGCAAGUUCAGUUCCAGUGAAGCUAAUUGUCUCACAAAUUGUGCUCAACGUUACAUGGAUAUGAGUCUCAUCAUCAUGAAGCAUCUUCAUCAGUGAAAUUUAGUUGAAUCUUUCAUUUUGAUUUGAAAGAGCCCUUUUGUUACUUAUCUUGAUGGUGUGUACCUUCAAUAGUAAUACUUCAGUUACUGUCUCUUUUAGGAGCAUGUUUCUUAUAAGGUUCUAUUCUGCCA